AUCGCCCUUCGCCACUAGACGCCUGAGUAGGAUCCAGAGAGGAGCGGAGCUUGGUGGGUCAGUCCUUAGCAACCUAGGGCUAAGACGGGGCGCGGAGAGGAGCAGGCAGAGACGCGGCGGCAGCGCCUGGCGCACUGGAAGUGCAGGGGACGCGCUCGCCUGCUUAGACUGCCGCGCCCUUGACCUCUAGUUUCAGCUAGGAAUCUGGGUGGAGGAAUAAUUGAGGAGCCCACGGAACUGACUAGCAACCGAGAGACAAGACUGUGGUCUCCCCCGCGGUCCUUCCGCCCUUUCCCUCGUUCGCUCCAUGCCCAAGAGCUGCGCUCCGGAGCCGUGGAGAGGAGAGACAUGGAAGAAACCGACACUCAGUGCGCCCCGCCGCCGCCCGCAGGCUCCCAGACGGGGGUUUCUCAAGCCAACCUCUCCUCCGCUCCCCACAACUGCAGCGCCGAGGGCUACAUUUACCAGGACUCCAUCGCCCUUCCCUGGAAAGUACUACUAGUCAUGGUGCUGGCACUCAUCACCUUGGCCACCACGCUCUCCAAUGCUUUUGUGAUUGCCACUGUGUACCGGACCCGGAAGCUGCACACCCCAGCCAACUACCUGAUCGCCUCCCUGGCAGUGACCGACCUGCUCGUAUCCAUCCUGGUGAUGCCCGUCAGCACCAUGUACACGGUCACCGGCCGCUGGACGCUGGGCCAGGUGGUCUGCGACUUCUGGCUGUCAUCGGACAUCACCUGUUGCACUGCGUCCAUCCUGCACCUCUGUGUCAUCGCCCUGGACCGCUACUGGGCCAUUACGGACGCUGUGGAGUACUCCGCUAAAAGGACUCCCAAGAGGGCCGCGGUCAUGAUCGCGCUGGUGUGGGUCUUCUCCAUCUCCAUCUCGCUGCCGCCCUUCUUCUGGCGUCAAGCCAAAGCCGAGGAGGAGGUGUCGGACUGCGUGGUGAACACAGACCACAUCCUCUACACAGUUUACUCCACCGUGGGCGCUUUCUACUUCCCCACCCUGCUCCUCAUCGCCCUCUACGGCCGCAUCUAUGUGGAAGCCCGCUCCCGGAUUUUGAAACAGACGCCCAACAGGACCGGCAAGCGCCUGACCCGAGCCCAACUGAUAACCGAUUCCCCCGGGUCCACGUCCUCGGUCACCUCCGUUAACUCCCGGGCUCCCGAUGUGCCCAGCGAAUCCGGGUCCCCUGUAUACGUGAACCAAGUCAAAGUGCGAGUCUCUGACGCCCUGCUAGAAAAGAAGAAGCUCAUGGCCGCUAGGGAGCGCAAAGCCACUAAGACCCUGGGGAUCAUUUUGGGAGCCUUUAUUGUGUGUUGGCUGCCCUUCUUCAUCAUCUCCCUGGUGAUGCCUAUUUGCAAGGAUGCCUGCUGGUUCCACCUGGCCAUCUUUGACUUCUUCACGUGGCUGGGCUAUCUCAACUCCCUGAUCAACCCCAUCAUCUAUACCAUGUCCAACGAGGACUUCAAACAAGCAUUCCAUAAACUGAUACGCUUUAAGUGCACAGGUUGACUUGUCAGUUGCAAUGGGUUAGCCUAAGCGGCCUUUGGGGACCAUAUUGUGUCUGGUUCCACAGACAAAAGCAUUUGGCCAUCUCUAUGCUGUCUU